AUGUCCAAUACGUCAGACUUUGUCUUGAACAAGGAGGACCACACCUUGGGUAACCUUCUUUCCGAGCACAUCAAGGCUCAUCCCAAUGUCUACAUGGCUGGCUAUAAGCUUGGCCACCCCAACGUCCCUCAGCUCUUCAUCCGCGUCCAGACGGACGGGACCAAAACUCCUCGCGAGGUGUUCGCCGCCGUCUGCGAAAAGCUCAUCAAUCAGUUGGAGUCGCUGCACCAAGAAUUCACGCGUGAAUGGGAACUUCGUCGCAUCACCAACACUGGAGAGCAGGGCAACAUGCAAGGAGCCGGUUUCUAA